AUGGAGGAAGAAACCGAUAACAUCCGUGAGAUCGUGCAACACGAUUUCCCUAAAACCAACAAGAGAAAGCUUCAAAAACCGAGUGAUCGGGAGGAGAUCUGGGGCUGGCUUAACUCGGAUGAUCAGGACCAGAAAGACGAACAAAUCUGUCGUAAAUCUGAUACUGAUGCAGAGAUCGAGGCGAUGUUCGAUAAGGUCAAGAGAAGGAAGAAGAUGGAGGAAACAAGUUCUCCGGGAAUUGGAUUACUCGUUGAGAAAGUAAUGGCUCAAAUGGAGAAUGCUGCCACAGAUGACAUUGAGCUUAACAUCCAAAACAAACCCGCUAUUAGAAAGAUCCAAAUGCUGCCUCUUCUUACUGACUUUCUCUCCAAGAAAAAGCUGCAACAAGAGUUUUUGGAUCAUGGGGUUUUAACUUUGUUGAAGAGUUGGCUCGACCCUCUUCCCGAUGGAAGCUUACCAAACGCCACCCUUCGAUCUUCCAUUUUGAAUAUCUUAACUCAGGUGAUGCCUGUUGAUAUCAGCUUAGAAGAUGGAAGGGAGCAGUUGAAGAAGAGUGGGCUUGGUAAAGUCAUUAUGUUUCUUUCAAAAUCAGACGAGGAAACCACUGCCAAUCGAAAACUUGCCAAGCAUUUGGUCCAAAACUGGUGUCGAACCAUAUUCAACAAGACUACAAGCUACUGUAACCUCAGAAACAGCGUAAUUCCAAGGAUGAAGAAGCCAUUAAUGAAGCAAUCAACAAGGGUAGAAUUGAGGGAGGCAGAUUUAGAUUUGGAAGGUCCUCGCAGGCCAUGUUCAUCAGGAACAGCAAGCGGGUCUGUUUCAGUGCCUGAACCAGCACCGUGCGUUUAUGAGGUGAACCCUCUAACAAAUUUCAAACCAGAGUUUGCAAGACGUUAUCGGGGAUCUAGAGAAGUGAGAGAAAGCGAGUGUUUUGAAAGGAUAGAGAAGAAGAUGAGUGGAUUGAAAAAAUCGAAUAAGAAGAAGACUCUGCAAGCUCCAAAACCUGCUGUUUUGUAG